GCGGGAAGAGGAACUACUUCUCUGACGCUCCACUCAGGCCCAUGGCGCCCCGAACCCUCCUCCUGCUGCUCUCGGGGACCCUGACCCUGACCCAGGCCUGGACGGGCCCUGCAGGCGCCACCGAGAACCCAGGACACGCGUCCUCCCCGACUCCUGGCUCCCACACCCUGAAAUAUUUAAGCACCACCGUGUACAAACCGGGCCGCGAGAAAUACCCGUACGUCGUCGUCGUUGUCUAUGUGGACGAUACGCCGAUCCUGAGUUACGACAACGACCAUAAGCUGCAGCAGCGGGUACCGUGGUUGGAGCAGUCGUGGGUGGAGCAGGAGGGCGCACAGUUUUGGAAGGAGCAGACGCGGGAAAUCGAGCACAACGAACAGGGGAGCAUAGCGAACCUGAACAAGCUGCGCGCCCACUACAACCAGAACGACAACGGGUCUCACACUUGGCAGGAAAUGACCGGCUGCGUCGUGGGGUCGGACAAGCGCUUCCUCCGCGGGUUCAGUCUGUUCGCCUACGACGGCGCCGACUACGUCGCCCUGAACGUCGCCCUGAACGAGGACCUGGGCUCCUGGACCACCACGGCCGCGGGGGUCAACAGGAACAAUGUUGUGCGGGUCCCUGACGCAGACGUCACAAGGGUCUUCCUGAAGGGCAAGUGUGUGCACCGGCUCCGCCUGUUCCUGGAGAAGAGGAAGAGGACCCUGCUACAAGCAGGUAGAGCAGACCCUCCAAAGACACACCUGACCCACCACCCCAUCUCUGACCACGAGGUCACCCUGAAGUGCUGGGCCCUGGGCUUCUACCCUGCGGACAUCACCCUGACCUGGCAGCGUGAAGGGGAGGACCUGACCCAGGACAUGGAGCUUGUGGAGACCAGGCCUGCAGGGGAUGGUACCUUCCAGAAGUGGGCAGCUGUGGCCGUGCCCCCUGGAGAGGAGCAGAGAUACACAUGCCAUGUGCAGCACCAGGGGCUGCCCGAGCCCCUGACCCUGAGAUGGGAACCUCCUUCUCAGACCACCAUCAUCAUUGUGGGCAUCGCUGCUGCCCUGGGUCUCCUUGGAGCUGUGGUCACUGGAGCUGUGCUGUGGAGGAGGAAGUACUCAGCCAGAGGCAGGAAGAGCUACAUUCAGGCUGCCUGCAGCAGCAGUGCCCAGGGCUCUGAUGUGUCUCUCACAGCUCAUAAUGUGUGACAGAGCUGCUUUCUACAAGACUUGGUGCUUAAACACUUGUUGCAGCCUCCCCUUGGGAAUUUCAGGAUCCCUGUCUGCUGUUUCUGCAACCAGCAUCAGAAUGUGUUUACAUUUUCAUCAGCAUUAUGUGAGGAGCUGGUCACCAGGCCACUCUCCCCACAAGGACCUUCCUCCUCUCCCCUGGGGACUAUCUUGUCCUAGCAGAGAUGGGGUGAGCCCAUCCCCAUCCUGGUAUUUCUUCUGCUUCCUCAUCUUUGUUGCUCCUUUGUCCUUGCUGCUUCAGGAGAGCCUUGUCCCACUAAGACCUGGGCUCCCAGGGACUUCAGUGUCACCCAGGCCUUGUCAUGGCUCCAGGACUGUACUCAGUGACGGCCUCAUGGGCCGUCAGCCAGGGCUCAGACCUGGGUCUUUUCCUCAACCUGUAUCUUUUGGUCAUUUGCUGUUUCUUUGUUUUUGUAGAUGUUGUACCUAUUUUUGUUUUCUGAACUUAUUGGAGUAUAUUAUUUUUAAUAAAUGUAUUUCAGUGCCUUUGGUUACUGGGAUCAUAUAGGAUUCAGUUGUAUAUUUCUAUGAUACUGUGCAAUGAGGAGUCACUCCACCAGUGGUUUUUGAGUCCUGGGUAAAUGACGCUCCACUUUUACAUCUGGAAUCCAGAUGCACCUGCAGAUAUGUGGUUUAGUGUAUAGACCGACACAGUAAAGCAGGUAUCACAAUAAAGUGAGUCACACAAACGUUUUGGUUUCCCUGAGCAUAUGAUGUUAAGCUCACGGUAACUUUAGGCUAUAAGUGUUAAAAGGUAUUAUGUCUAAAAAGUAAUGUAUAGCCCUGGCUGGUGUAGCUCAGUGGAUUGAGUGCAGGCUAGUGAACCAGAGGGACAUGGGUUCGAUUCCCAGUCAGGGCACUUGCCUGGGUUGUGGACCAGGUCCCCAGUGAGGGG